AACUAACCGAUUGGAUUGUCUAUCCCACUAAAUUUGUACAACAAGAGGCCCGAAUAUAAAAAAAUUUUCGAUUGAGUUCAAAUAGUUGUUCCCAUAUUUAUUUUAUUUGCUACGUGAAUUUUUCUCCAGUAAAAUUUUAUACCAUCCUAACUGACCAACAAUUUCCUUUGUGAUUAACAGAGACUGUAUUUAGCUAUUAACACAAAAUAUAUUGAGAAUUAAAAAUAUGCCACAGUGUUGUUUCGCUGGUUGUCAUAACCGUACUGAUGACGGACGUGGUCUCAGCUUUUUCCGAUUUCCCCGUAAAGAUGCUGCUCGAACAGCAUCCUGGAUCAAGGCUUGUGGUCGAAAGGAAUUUGUUCCAUCUCAACAUUCACGUGUUUGCUCACAGCACUUUAAACAAGACGAUUUCGAACGAGAUAUUCGUUCUGAAUUUAUGGUUGUUGGUCACAAAAGACUACGUCUAAAAGAAACUGCUGUACCUUGUCCAUCUUUUGUCACUUCACAACAGGAUAUUAUACAAACAGAAUCAAAUAAAAUGGAGUGCAAUGCUAGCGCAUCAUCUACCAAUAAUAAAACAGAAUCUGGAGUAAAACGGAGAAAUUCAAGUUCAUUCUACUCAACUGAGCAAGAGGGUUUGGAUGAAAGUUGUCUGGAAAUCAUGGAGCCUCCAAUUAAAAGACAAUGCUUUGAUGAUGUUCUGGAUCUAAGUCGGAAGUCAAACCACAUUGAUAAUGAAGGAGGGAAAGCUGCCUGUAAGAAUGAUGAUGACGUUAUUAUGUUGAGUGAAGAUGAAGAUGACCGCCUACUAGGUGCUCUGUGUGAUGAGAUGGAGAAAGAAAAUACACCGAAACCGUCUCUGUUGUCAAAGUCCCGAGCUUUGAUUUUGAAACUGGAAAAUGAACUAAGAAAUGAAGAAAGCGCGUUGAUGCUGUUGCAACAGUUAAGGACUAACCAAAGGUCUCAUGCUCUCCAGCCAAAGGGGACGAAGACACCAUCUGCUACACCUACUCCACGUAAUACUCAGUCUCCAGUUAACCAUGCAAAUAACAUAAACCCAGGAAGAAACAUUCCUCCUACAACCAGUGCCGCUAGAGUUACUCAAUCUCCUGCUCAAAAUUCUAAUGUUCCUAGUUUGCAAAACACAUCAGCAAUACCUAAAGUUACGAAAGGCAUGGCCAUACAUGCUUUGGAACAACAGUGCAAUGGCAAGAAGGCUAUGCUUCGGAAACAAUUAGAAAGAACCCUGGACAAGGUUGCUCUUCCUAAACCUGCUGUUGGUAAUGGAUUAUGUGUUGUACCGUUCGUACCUAGCACAUUGACAAACGAGUUUACUGCUCUAAUAGGACUCGAGGAAAUCGUAAAUACUAUACAAGAUUUCGACCCGUUGAACACGGAGAAAAAUUCAGAUCAGUCACGGUUUAUUAGUCCUUUCUCUUGUUCACGAUGUGGUUCUGACUUUACACCCGUUUGGAAACGUAAACGUCCAGGAUCAUCAGAAGUUGUUUGUGAAGCUUGCAUAAUUGAUGGUCAACGUUCUGUUAUUCACAAAGCAUACAACAAUGUUAUUUCAGCAGCACUGAAACAGCAUGCUGCUUCAGAACGUGAGAUCGAAAACGAAUAUCAAGAUAUUGUUAACUCACCAGCUAAGCUGGAAGCUUUUAUUAAAGAACAUGAACGGAAACUCAUGGUUACGCAGCAGGCUCAGAUGGCACAGCAACAGCAACAACAAAUGCAACAAGCCGCUUCGGCUAACAACUUGCAUACUCAGCGCUACCAUCAGCAGCAGCAGCAGCAACAACAACAACAAGGUUUUCCGGCUCAGAAUAUGUUUAACACUGCUAGUAGUUCUCGGCAUGGACAGACAACUCCAGUUAACAGUGCAGCGCCAACUCCAUUAGGAAUGUCGAAUAUGUCAUCUCGCCGGCAGUCUGCAUCCAGCAAUGCAAGUGUUAAUUCUCCCGUUUCUUUGCCCAUUCAACAACAGGGACAUUCGGCUGGAAACGUUGUACAGCAGCUUGCCUCUCGUUAUCAACAGCUCACAAAAGCUGCUGUUGCUGCUGUGGUUGGUGGUGGUCAGAAUCCGGUCAACCAUUCUAUUGCGAAUAAUGCGGCUACUGCUAACCUAAUGAUGGCUGCAGCGGCGAAUCCUAUGCUUGCAGCAGCUGCAGUAUCAGCAACUAGCCAACAGCAGCAAUCUGUCGCUCAGCAACAAUUGACAGCUGCUGCAUUAGCCCAACAGAGGUUGGCGGCAGUUGCAGCUCUAAACUUUCAGCAUCAACAGCAGCCACAUCAUGCACAACCUUCGACUGGGGCGGUCCCAUCCAAUAAUCAGGCAGAUCAUCUAGCUCAAUUCACUCAAAUGCAAACAUUAUUGAUGAGCAGUCUUUUAGGAAAUGCAGCUGCUGUCAGUGGAGCACAAGCGACCGCUAACUCUAGGCAACAACAACAACAGCAAAUAUUGCAACACGCGCUUCUGCAGUACACCUAUUUAUUGCAACAGCAACAAGCUGUUGCAGCUGCUCAGGUUCAACAGCAGCAGCAGCAACAACAACAACAAAGUCAACAGGUUAACGCUGCUGCUUUGCAGCAGUUGAUAAGUGGAGCCGCAGGGAACCCGACAGCUUGUAUGACAUUAUUACAAAAUUUGUGGGCUCUUAAUGCAGCAUCCAAUGGUGUGAAAAAGUAGGAUACCUACUGACGUAAUUUUCCUCCAAAACUAUUUAUUUCCCCCUCGCUGUUUUUAUGAUUUCGUCAACAAAUAUUUUAAUUUACUGUGCCUUAUAAUAUCAAUUGCGUACAGUGCUAUUCGACAUAAAAAAACUUCUCAUCAUUUGUUCUAGGCUAUCAUUUACAUUUUUUCUACAUUUACUGAUUAUGGUUUAGUGCAUAUAUUCAUUACUACUUUAUCUUUUUGAAUAACUUACGUCAUUUCCAUUCCGCAUAUUGUAUAUACUUACAUAUAUUUGUAGUGCUGUGUCAGUAUAACUUACUUUCACGCUAAUAUUUUUCUGAUCUUUCAGUAAACAUAUCCUUGUUUGUCUCCAAUUAUAUAUAUUAUUUUAAGCAGUAGUACAUAAUUAAGUAUGACUUCAACUUUUGAUAUCUCGUGAAAUAUUCCCAUCGUAAUUGAAAAGUACAAAAG